AUGAACUACAUCGAAUACGGCAUCAGCCGCAUCUUUGCGAGCGCCAAGGGCCGCGACGCACGCCUAUUCACCAAGGGCCCUGCAUUCGCCCAGACCCCCGGUCCAACCCUCACACUCAAAUGCAUCGAGGUCGGUCCCUCCGGAUCAAAAUUACACAUCGACCACUCCGCCGAAGGCAUCGGCCGCUUCCCGACUCUGAGCUGGUCUGCCGCAACACCCGAUGUCAAGGAGUACCUACUUAUCAGCGAGGACCCGGAUGCUCCUCUGCCCUCUCCAAUCAUUCACGGCAUUUACUACGGUAUCCCUGCCACUACGAUGGGUGUGAGCGAUGUGGACUUUGAGGUUGCAAAGGGCGAGUAUACGCUCAAGGGUGGGUUUAAGUACGGCAAGAAUCGUCGGGGAACGGUUUAUAUCCCGCCGCGUCCGCUGUUGGGGCAUGGGCCGCAUCGGUACUUUUUUACGCUUAUUGCGCUCAGUCAGCCUGUUGAUACGUCUAAGAUGAGUCCCCUGCCGACUGUUGACGAGGUGGCUAAGGAGAUUGAGGGGAAGGUAGUGGGUUGGGGUGAAUGGGUUGGUUCGUAUGAGAGGAAGUGGGAGUGA